UGUUGCUGCCUGCCAUCACUGACAAAAACAACACUAAAACAAACAAGAUUGAAACACUUGGGAACUGAGCACCAGAGAAAGCUGAGCUUCUUCUACCAAUGCCUACCCUCCACCCUUAACCCCCUCUUUCUUAAACUAGGGUUCCUCACCUCACACUUUCACAUUCACUGCAUCCAUCUCAGUUCACACCACACCAACUUCCCCCUCUGAUUAACAUUGCAGGAAGUGUGGGUCAGGGGCUUUAAAAGAGAGAGAGGGAGGUUGUUUAGUUUAACCCUUUCUAUCAUCAAAAUAUCUAAACAUGCAGACACCAAAAGCAAGAACUGGUACUUCAGAAGUGCCCCAAAGGAAAUCUCCAACAACUCCUCGAACUGCUCGCAAAUUGAAGACACCAGGAUCCGAUCCUAACUCAGCUUCGUCAUCUCCAAACCCAGCAAGUAAGACUCCAAAAGAUAGGAGCCCAAAGGUCACGGAACGUAAGUCACCACGAAGUCCAAUUCCUGAGAAAAAGCGAACAAGCAGGGUCCAGGAAUUGGAGUCUCAGCUAGCUCAACUUGAAGAAGAUCUGAAGAGAACUAAGGACCAACUUAACUCAUCUGAGUCAUGGAAGAGAAAAGCUCAGCAGGAGGCUGAAGAUGCAAAGAAGCAGCUGUUAGCCAUGUCAAAAGACCUGGAUGAAUCCCAACAACAACUUAUGGAACUAUCUGCUUCUGAAGAAGAACGGCUUCAAGAGCUCCGUAAAAUUUCUCAGGACCGAGAUCGAGCAUGGCAAUCUGAACUAGAGGCUGUCCAGAAGCAGCACUCAAUGGACUCAUCCGCUUUGGUGUCUGCCAUGAACGAAAUCCAGAAAUUGCAAAUGCAACUUGAAAGAGCACGUGAUUCUGAAGCUACGGAGAUUGAGAAUGCAGAGUCAGCAAAUGCCGAGACUCAGGACAUGAGGAUGGAGCUUGAUGAAACUCUCUCUUUAGUGGAGAAUCUAAAAAAUGAGGUAAGCCAUAGCAAAGAAUCUGAGUCCCGGGCUUUGGAAAUAGUUGACAAAACUCAAAUGCAAUUGGAAGCAGCAAAUAAGAUCAUAGAAACACUCCAGUUUGAAGGUGCGAAAGAGGCUGAAGUUUACCAAUCCUUAGCCGUAGAAUUGGAGCAAUCAAGAGUUCAAGUCAAAUCAUUGGAGGAACUUGUGAGCAAACUUCAAGCUGACUUGGGCAGCAGAGCUAACAACACAACCAUUGAAACUGGACCUGCACUGGAGAAUGUAGAAAGUGAGGAGAUGAAUCAGCUCAAAACUGAGCUUGUCUCAGCCAAAUUUGAAGCAGGAGAGUUGAAAUCUGCAUUGGAAGUUGCUGAGGUACGAUACCAGGAUGAGUACAUCCAGAGCACUUUGCAGAUUAGAAGUGCUUUUGAACAACUGGAGCGUGCGAAAUCAGAAUCUUUUCAGAAACAAGCUGAAUUAUAUGAGGAAUUGAAAACAGCUAAAGCUGAUAUUGAAGAGUUAAGGGCAAGCCUGUUGGACAAGGAAUCUCAGCUGCAAGGUUUAUCAGAAGAGAACGAGAGACUCAAAUCAAGGAUUAAGCAAAACCAGCCUAGUGAAAUAGAAUCCGAGUUUGUGGUGGAGCUUAACAAAUUGGAUUCUGAUAUAGCUGAGUUGAAGGCAAGGUUAUUGGACAGAGAGACAGAACUGCAAAAUGUGACCGAGGAAAACAAUGCACUCAAGAUGGAAAUAAACACAAGGGAGUUAGAGAAGAAUAAAAUCACGGAUGAAGCUGUUGCUUCAGCUGAAGCAGCAAGGGCUGCGGAGCGAGAGGCUCUGACGAAACUUGGCUACAUAGCAGAAGAAGCUGAUAAAAAUAACAUAAGGGUAGAACGGGUAACUGAGCAGUUAGAUGCUGCACAGGCUGCAAAUUCCGAGUUAGAGGCUGAGUUAAGGAGAUUGAAGGUGCAGUCAGAUCAGUGGAGAAAAGCGGCCGAAGCAGCUGCGUCAAUUCUUUCUACUGGAAACAAUGGAAAGUUUGUGGAUCGCACAGCGUCACUCGACAGUAGCUACAACAACUCUAUUACUGGUAAGAUGGGUUCGCCUUAUUUAGAAGACACUGAUGAUGACUCGCCCAAGAAGAAAAAUACAAACAUGUUGAAGAAGAUUGGAGUUUUAUGGAAGAAGAAUCAUUAAUUCAUAGAUGAUGACACUGCACUAUUGCAGGUAGCAUGUGUGGUUUGAUCACCAUUCAAGCAAUCAUUGUAUGUUGAAGAUGCAAUGGAACCACAUUGUAAUGGUGCAGUGAGUGUUUAUAGACCGUGAAUGUAUUUGAACUUUCUAAGAAUUUUCUUGUCACCAUAUCCCUAGUAAGUAGUUUGUAGGGAAAUGCAGGGGGGAAAUUGUUUUUGAUCUUUUGUUAUUUGAGACUCAUGUUGUCAUUGAUGUUUCAUUGUUCAUGUAUUAGAUGUUAUGUGCCUUCCUUUUUAAUGUUGUUGAUUUCUUUUUGUUCU